AUGAUGGGGGUGAAAGUGGCCACUGGCAAGGCUCUGAUGAUACUGGUUGCAGUGUUUAUUAUCUGCGCCGGCGGCGGCGUGGUGGUCUCGCCGGCAGCCGCGGAGGAGGUGCCCCUGGUGCCGGCGGUGUACGUGUUCGGCGACUCUACCAUGGACGUGGGCAACAACUUGUACCUGGGGAACGUUACGCUGCCGUAUCCCCCGUUUCCCUACGGCAUCGAUUUCACGGGCCCCGGACCCAACGGAAGGUUCAGCAACGGAUACAACAUGGCCGACUCCAUAUCGAAGCUGUUGGGUUUCAAUAUGAGCCCGCCGGCUUUCCUGUCGUUGACGCCGGAGACGAGCGUUGAGAUCCUGAAAGGCCUGGGCGGGGUCAACUACGCUUCCGGUGGAUCCGGCAUUCUCGACACCACCAAUAAUGCCGACCUCCCGUUGAGCAAGCAGGUGGAGUUCUUUGCAGCCACCAAGGCAAACAUGACCGAGAAAAGCGGCGGCAAUAGCACCAACAUCGAUGCGCUGCUGUCCAAGUCGCUCUUCCUCAUUAGCGACGGCGGCAACGAUAUGUUGGCGUUCUGGGGGAAUAGUCCGUCGUCGGACAAGGUUCAGCCCUUCUACGACGACCUUCUGUCCAACUACACCAAGUAUGUCAAGAGGCUGUACCGGCUCGGGGCGCGGCGUUUCGGUGUCAUCAACGUGCCGGCCAUCGGCUGCGUGCCGGUGGUGCGGGCGAAAUCCCUGAUCGGUGAGAUCUGCGAACCCUUUGUCAAUAAACUCGCCGAUGGCUUCAACAUCGCCUUGGGCGACGCGAUGGCGAACCUUAACGCGUCGCUGCCCGGGAUGAGGUACUCUGUGGGGAGCUCCUACAACCUGGUGACCAACUUCACGGGGCCGCCGGUGGCCCCCGGCUUCGACGAUGUGAAGAGCGCGUGCUGCGGCGGCGGGAAGUUCAACGGGGAGACCUUUUGCAGCUUACCCAAUACCACCCACUGCGACCACCGCGACGACCAUCUGUUCUGGGACGGGGUGCACUGCACCCAGGCCGCCUCCAACAAGGGCGCCGAGGCCAUCUUUGCCGCGCCGGUAGAGCUAAAUUUCACCGCACCCAUCAAUUUCAAGCAGCUGCUUCUUGAUGAUCAACCCACAAACGUCAGCCGUUAA